UACCCUUUGAGCAUAAGGCUAAGCUGGGUUAUAUUAGAUCUUGUCUUUCUAUGCGUUCUCUUUGAACUUUUAUAGAACUAGUAACAAGUUAUAAAGGAUAUGCUCUUCUUUUGAAAAAAAGAUUAAAAAAACCUUGCUUUGGUAUCAAACUUCAAGUGUUAUCACACUGCAAUAUGACACUUGAUUAUUUGUUAAUUUGUUUUCACAACUAUUGUUUAUCAAAGUUUGCCUACACAUGAUCUGUACUAUUUUAGAAAGCCAGCAAAAAAUUUGAAACUUUUUAUAUGAUCAACAAAUAUUAAAUUUGGGGCAAAAUGAUAAUUUUGUCCUCUUUUAAAAAGCUGCGACUUUAUUAACAAUCAUUUUUCCCGCUAACGUAGGAGGAUGUAGUUGGUUACAAGUUAAUACUUACAACUACUAUAUACCUUUCCACUACUUGUCAAAUUUCUAUGAUUUUUAAUUUGAACUACUGAAGAAUAGUGAAACAAUAUGGUAUAGGAAGUGUUUGUAUAGCAACAUGCCUCAUUGUAGUAUCCUAAUAUGAAUAUAAACUCUAAUAUCUGGUAACAUUUCUUGUAGUAUUCGAGUGCACUGGGUCUAGUUUCUUAAAUAAGUGAAUACAAUGUCACAUAGCUUGUAGCAUUCGAGUGUAUUGCACUUUGUUUUCUCAAAUAAGAUGAUAUAAGCUCAUCAAUAUUAUUAACUAUAUGGUGUAUAAUAAUAGCAUCCAGGAUUGUGCGCAUUGUAAUAGUGUUAUCUUACUUCUACGAUGCUUUACACAUUUUUGAAAGGGGCUAAAUUGAUUCAACUACUUAAAAAAUGUAUUAUCAUUUUGGGCUGAUCCUCAAAUAGUGUGCUACAAAUGACAAUUUUACGUAUAACAUUGGUAUAUGUCUGGUUGAUAAAUAAAAAAAAAAAGGCAGCUCUUAUGUCUGGUAAAACAGGGGCUUUUUUUUUAGUAUUAUAAUUUCCAAAUACUAAAAUCUAAUAGAUUUUUGAAUUUUUAAUGAUGGCUUACUAAAAUAAUCUUUAACAUGUUAUACAUGUCAAACACCUUUUCUGAUUAUCAACUAGGCAUGUGGUUUAAAGUAUAUUCCACAAGGAAUAGCAAAUAGAAAGUAUAAAACCCUCCAUCCAUCUAUCAUGUCCUUCCCUUAUGUAAAUCACAAGGCACUAGGUAGCUUCCUUCAAAAACGUACAAAAAUUUCUAAAGAACAAUUAAAAAGGAUCUUGUUGUGGGAUAAGAGAAGCAGCAUAUGAUGCUUCUAGAUUUAGCAACAAAAUACGGUAGGGACGAUCAACAAAAGCUAAACAAACACACACACAAAAACAAAAACAAACAUAUGGUAGGAUUUCUAGUGUAGAAAAGUAUUGACUAAGUGUCAAGGACUUACUGAAGAGUGGCAAAACAAAUCAGUAGUGGUUGAGAAAAAGGGGGUUGUCUGGAUGUGAAACAAAGCAACCUGUAGAGAGAGGAAGGUUGUGGAGAGCCUUGAGGUAUCUGAUAAAAUGCAAAGCCACUAGGAGAGAAAGGAUAUUCCAAAAGGUAACUGUAGUACAUCCUUGUAUAUAUAGAGGGUUGAUCAUGUGACCUGUAACUAGCAUUUUAGAUAUUCCAUAAUUCUAUUAGAAUAUGUGAGAGCCACUGAGUUUGAGUAUUAAAAAAAAGUCAAUGAGUUUGAGAAGCUGUGUAUUCAAAUACUUCCCAUUGAUAACAGGUCUCAGACUUGCAACUGAAAGCUUCCAUACAUUACAACAUUCUUCUCCGUGUAGCGCAUUCUAUUGCUGAGGCCCAAUUAAUGGAUAAUGCAUCUUUUGUUCUCUUGGAUAAGACAUUUGAUGAGUUUGCUAGCCUUUGGAUGAAUAUGAAAGUUGAAGUAAAGACCAAAGAAGAUCAUGAAGCUCGACAAUUCAAGUUCAAGCCUUGUGCAUUUAAGAUAGAGAACAUAAUGGAAAUUGGCAUAUCAACUCUUGGUGGUUCAUUAGAAAAUGAGAUACUUUCAGACUGGCAGGAAUUGCUUUCUGAUGAAAAAGUUGCUGAAAAGCGUAUUGUUGAUGGAAUUGCUCAUGGUGUGAUCUCUUUGACCGGGAGAAUCAGUGACAUAAAUUUUAAGGCUGCGGAAUUUCCUACCUUGAGCAACACUACAGGGCUAGUAAGAUUGGUUUUGAGAAACUGCAACAUUUCUGGUGAAAUCUCGAAAUAUAUUUGGAAAAUGAUGAAUCUGCAAAUGUUGUGGAUUCUGUAGUUUACCUUGUUGACGCGUACGACAAAGAGAGAUUUGCAGAGGCCAAAAAGGAGCUGGAUGCCCUACAUAAAAAACAACAACAAUACUGAACAAUACUCAACCUUGUUAACACCGGAUGUUCUUUUUUUUUUUUGAAAUUGAUGCUAAUUAUGUUAAAUUUUUGUUGGAAUGAAUUAUUUUUUAUUUUUUGGGGUUUAGAAUAGGGUUUUGUGAAUUGUUCCUUGUUUUUGGAAUCAAUGUUGCUGCUGCUGAGUUAUGUGUUGAAACUUGGAUAUAGAAAAUUUUAUAAUAAGACCUGUUUUGAUAAUGAAUUCGUCCUAUUUUGAUUAUGAA